AUGGCCGCGGAUAUACGAGAUGAAGGUGCAAAAUUAAUUGGUGAGCCACUGAAAAUCAAUAAAACAUUCACAAGUCUUUCUAUUAUGGGCGAGGAUAUGAGAGAUGAAUCUGCAAAAUCAACCAGUGAAACAUUGAAAAUCAAUAAAACAUUAAGAAGUCUUUCUGUUAUGGUUGAAGAUAUAGCAGAUGAAGGUGCAAAAUCAACCGCUGAAGCAUUGAGAAGUAAUAAAACAUUAACAAGUCUUUCUGUUAUAGGCGAGGAUAUGGGUGAUGAAUCUGCAAAACCAACUGGUGAAGCAUCGAACAUCAAUAGAACAUUAACAAGUCUUUCUGUUAUGGCCGAGGCUAUAGGAGACGAAGGUGCAAAAUCAAUUGGUGAAGCAUUGAAAAUCAAUAAAACAUUAACAAAUCUUUCUGUUAUGGGCCAAGAUAUAGGAGAUGAAUCCGUAAAUCAACUGCUGAAGCAUUGA